UCUCUGCCAGUGAAAUUGGGCCCCCAAGCUCUGUUUUUGGUUGCAACGGCUUCCUGCAACCCUCUACCAGUAAAAACGGAGCUCAAUAGGGCCACCUGCGGUCCUCAUGAGCUCCAAUUUCUGCUGCGACAGCCUCCUGCAACCCUCUGUCAGCAAAACCGGUCAUAAGUCACUUUUUUCAGUGGUGUUGUAACUUCAGACAGUCACUAAGUGAACUGUUGUAAGUCGAGGACAACCUGUACAACUGGAUCCAGUUCUUUAUUUGUUUACAAUAAUGGACAAAAUCUUGAAGUUGGCAGCCACUUGGCCCUCUUUGGUGGUGGCGGCACUGUGGCCUCUUCAGUCACACUUGACUGCUAGGUUCUCUUUGGUAGGUCACCCAUACCAACCAUUGGUCUGCCAUUGUCCUCUUUCAGGCCCUUGGCCAUUGAACCCCUUAAUAUCACGGCACUUCUUCAUUGGACUGCCUCUGCUUGGCCUCCCUUCCCUUCCAAUUCUAGACAGGGAGCCUUGAGAGUACCAUAAGUUAAAUGGUGCACCUUCAGGCAAGUUCUCCCUCUGUAUCUUCUGGUUGCAGCUCCAGCUUUGACUUUUGGCUUUAACAACAUAUCCCUUAAUUCAGCUUGUUCUCCUAAACACAGCAUGUGUGGCUGCUGAAAAAACAAUGGGGGAAUGAGUGGCUGGGUGGUAUUCCCAUCUUUACAUAUGCACACUCAUCUUUCUACAAAGUGCUAGGCGUAUUCUGUUUUUUAUUCAAAUAGAUUUGCAUACCCCCAAAAAAUGAGAAUGAAAAUACACACCAAAUAGAACAGGGGUGUCAACCCUCGAUUUCAUCGAGGGCUGCAUCACAAGGGGGCCGGGAGGGGCGUGGCUAGCUCAAUGCGACUCGUGUUGUGGGUGCCUGUGGUGGCCCAAGCGCUCUGCCAGCGAAAACGGAGCUCAAUAGGUCCACCGGUGGCCCUCCUGGUAAUUUCUGCUGCGAUGGCUGCCUGCAACCCGUGCCCUCCCGAGCUCCAUUGUUGCUGGCAGGGGCAUCACGGGCUGGUCCUUUGCCGCUUCCACGGCAGCCCUGCGGGCCAGAUCUAAGCACCUUGGGGGUCUUGAGUUUGACAGCCCUAAAACAGAACAUGUGUUUCAUUUGGAAAAUGCAUUUUGUUUUGGAUGGAAUAAACAAUGCAUCCUUCAUUGGAUUGGAUUGGUUUGGCAGAAAUAAAUCCUGAAAUGUUUUUGUUGUUCCAGGUUUCGGCUGAAAACAAAACCUGCAGGAAUCGUAGGCUGAUUUUAUGGGAUAACCAGACCAGGGUACAAUGCCUGUGGCGAAACAAGUCAUACCAGAAUAAGAAAAGAAAUUAUCUUGGGAGAAAAAGAAAACAAAGAAGAUAGUUUUAUGUGACUGAUGUGCCACAAUGGAAGGUGACAUGGAAGCCGAAGCAGUCGAAACUAUUGUGGAAGAAUCUGAAACGUUCAUUAAAGGCAAAGAACGGAAGACCUAUCAGAGGCGCCGGGAAGGCGGGCAGGAAGAGGAUGCUUGCCCGAUGCCGCCCCACCAAGCAGACGGGACUGAGGUGGUGCAGGAGGUUAACGCCGGUGUUCAGAUGGUCAUGAUGGAACAGCUGGAUCCAACGCUGCUUCAGAUGAAGACAGAAGUCAUAGAAGGUACCGUGUCCCAAGACGCAGAAGCCACUGUGGACGACACCCAAAUAAUCACCCUGCAGGUUGUGAACAUGGAAGAGCAGCCCAUCAACCUGGGCGAACUCCAGCUUGUCCAAGUGCCCGUCCCGGUGUCUGUCCCUGUGGCCACCACCUCUGUGGAAGAACUUCAGGGGGCCUACGAAAAUGAGGUGGCCAAGGGCGGCCUCCAGGAGGGGGAGCCUAUGAUCUGCCACACGCUCCCUUUGCCCGAAGGCUUCCAGGUCGUAAAGGUUGGGGCCAAUGGCGAGGUGGAGACCCUGGAGCAGGGGGAGCUUCAGCCUCAGGAGGACCCCAACUGGCAGAAAGACCCCGACUAUCAGCCCCCCACCAAAAAGACAAAGAAGACCAAAAAAAGCAAACUCCGCUACACUGAGGAGGGGAAAGACGUGGACGUGUCUGUGUAUGACUUUGAAGAGGAGCAGCAGGAGGGCUUGCUUUCGGACGUCAACGCCGAGAAAGUGGUGGGCAACAUGAAGCCCCCCAAACCGACAAAAAUUAAAAAGAAAGGGGUGAAGAAGACAUUCCAGUGCGAACUCUGCAGCUACACCUGCCCCCGGCGUUCGAACCUGGACCGUCACAUGAAAAGCCACACGGACGAGAGGCCACACAAGUGCCACCUUUGUGGCCGAGCCUUCCGGACAGUCACACUGCUGAGAAAUCACCUCAAUACUCACACAGGUACGCGUCCUCACAAGUGCCCUGACUGCGACAUGGCCUUUGUGACCAGCGGAGAGUUGGUUCGACAUCGCCGCUAUAAACAUACCCACGAGAAGCCAUUCAAGUGUUCCAUGUGUGACUACGCCAGUGUGGAGGUUAGCAAGUUGAAACGCCACAUUCGUUCUCACACCGGGGAACGCCCAUUCCAAUGCAGCUUGUGCAGCUACGCCAGCAGAGACACUUACAAGCUGAAGAGGCACAUGAGGACCCAUUCUGGUGAGAAGCCCUACGAGUGUUACAUUUGCCACGCUCGCUUCACCCAGAGUGGGACCAUGAAGAUGCACAUCCUGCAGAAGCACACGGAAAAUGUGGCCAAGUUCCACUGCCCCCACUGUGACACAGUCAUUGCACGAAAGAGUGACUUAGGUGUCCAUUUGCGGAAGCAGCAUUCCUACAUUGAGCAGGGCAAGAAGUGUCGUUACUGUGAUGCCGUGUUCCACGAGCGAUACGCACUCAUCCAGCACCAGAAGUCUCACAAAAAUGAGAAGCGCUUCAAAUGUGACCAGUGCGACUAUGCAUGCCGACAGGAACGGCACAUGAUCAUGCACAAGCGAACCCACACUGGAGAAAAGCCUUACGCCUGCAGCCAUUGCGACAAGACCUUCCGCCAGAAGCAGCUGCUUGACAUGCACUUCAAGCGCUAUCACGACCCCAACUUUGUCCCAGCUGCCUUCGUCUGCUCUAAAUGUGGCAAAACAUUCACACGCCGUAACACAAUGGCCAGACAUGCAGAUAAUUGUUUAGGCCCCGAUGGGGUUGAAGGAGAGAACGGAGGGGAGCCCAAGAAGGGAAAACGUGGGCGGAAGAGAAAGAUGCGCUCCAAGAAAGAGGAUUCUUCUGACAGCGAGGAAAAUGCUGAACCAGAAUUGGAUGAGAAUGAGGAGGAAGAAGAAACAGCGGUUGAAGUUGAGGCUGAACCAGAAGUAGAAGUGGAACCUGUGGCCCCAACUCCUCCACCAGCCAAGAAGCGGAGAGGACGCCCACCAGGCAAAGCCAAUCAACCCAAACAGCCCCAGCCUACAGCAAUCAUUCAGGUGAAAGACCAGAGCACUGGUGCAAUUGAAAACAUUAUUGUGGAAGUGAAGAAGAAGCCCGAAGCAGAGACUGUUGGGGCUACUCCAGGAACUCAGCCAGUGGCGGUGGAAGCACCCAACGGAGACCUCACCCCAGAGAUGAUCCUUAGCAUGAUGGACCGGUGAUGGAGGAAGGAUUAACGCUCUUCACUGAACUGGCCUGGGCUCUUUGGAACUGGCUCAAUCCGUUUUAUUUUAUUAUUUUAUUUUUCCUUCUUACCUUAUUUUCGGCUUUGGGAAAUGCACCAUUUUUUAAAGACCGUUUUACCAAACACCCUGGGCAACAAAACUUCAAAUGAUGAUAGGAUGUGAUUUGCCUAGAACAUUCUCUCCCCUCCUCUCUCUCUCUCUCUCUAUCUCUCUCUCUAUGUUUAAUGUUAACCUAACCGGAUCAUGGAACAUGGGUUUUAUUUUUAUUUUUUAAUUUGCUGGUUGAUUUUCUCAGUUCCCUAAAGGCGUUUUUUUUUUUGCAAAUCACUCGAUCCAGUUAACUGUUAGUGCCAGGCCGUGGUUGGCCUUCUCUGUCUGGACCUUGGCCAGACUAUUCUGGAGCUGUUUAUGCAUUUCUAGAAGCCCUUGGCUUCAGGUUGUUGUGUUUUUUUUUUUCUUCUUUCCUCUGACUAGAGAUUUUUUAAUUGUACAUUCAGACUCAGGAGGGUUGUAAAACUGAUAUUGCAUUUUAGUUUUGCUUUUUUUUCUUACCCGAACCCACUCCUCCCCCCCGGCGCCACAUCAGCACUGUAAGGUUCAGCAUGCUUCACUACCACCCCAUCUCUCCCAGAUGCUUUGCUUGUCCGCAGGGCAUCUUUGUAAUGAUCGAGCUUGUAAAUAACUUUUUUUUUUUUUUUUUUACAUUUUAAUCUCUCUUUUUUUUUCCAUUUAAGAGGUUUUUUGGGGUGGGGUGGGGAUUAUAGUUUAAAAGUAAAAAAGAAAAAAAAACCUGUCAUUUUUAACUAUUGCAACUAGGAAUUAUGCAGGAAUUGGUACCGAAUGAAAUACUGGAACCUAUCAAGUCAGUGGGAGAGUGGGUUAAAACUGGUAGACAUCCACACCCGAGCUCAGUUUCUUAGUACAUGAACUUGGUCUCAAAGCGUGUGUCCCUUAAAAAGCGCCCCUUUUGAGUUUCAAGUUGUCAUAACUCUUUUCUUUGCUCUCUCUUUCUCUCUCUCUGUCUCUCGCUCUUUUUUUUUUUCCCUUUCGGGUGUGUGUGUGUUUAUGAAUUCUGUGUUUAAAAGCCAAGGUGUUAAUUUGUAAUAGGGCUUCCCAGCCCAUCAAAACUUAGGGCAGGAAAUUUUACUAGGUCAGUAAUCAUAAAAUUUGGGGUUUAAUUAAAAUUUAUAAAAUAAAAUAAAGAAUAAUGUGAAAUUUAAAAAAAACAAAAGGGGCCUGUAUAUCAGACCAUCACAUGUUAAAAACACGUAAGCUUUUUAUAGAGCCUCAGUCUUGCUGAUUUCAGAACCAAGAACUUUUGUUCUAUGUAUCGCUUUUAAGAGAGCUAUCAGGUUAGCUAUCCAAUUCUAGGUUGAUGCAUUUUUGUACUUAGCUGUACUGUGUGAUAUUUUUCAUUAUUUUAGGAAACCAACAUGAAAUAAAACAUCAUAAAACGUAUAAUGGGGUUUGGACUAUGGGAAGGAGAAUAUACUGCUGUACAGCUAAUAAAUAAUAAUGAUUAUCCUCUG